AUAAUUAUUUUUGGUGUCUUUUGUGUAUCCUCCCGAAAAGGAUUGAUAUUUUGGUUAGAUACUUUCCAUCUUCCAAAUCUGGAUAUUUCUUCGGUACAAGUCUGGUAGUUAGUGGUAAUGGCGAUCAUCAAACUCCAUGGAAGCCCAAUCUCAACCAACACACAAAGGCCUCUGGUUUGCCUCUACGAGAAAGACCUCGACUUCGAUUUCGUUUCCGUCGACAUGUCCGCCGGAUCCCAUAAGCAACCACCUUUCCUUUCCCUCAACCCAUUCGGUCAAGUUCCAGCUCUCGAGGAUGCAGAUUUACAGCUAUUCGAAUCUAGGGCAAUUUCGAAAUACAUAGCAGAGGAAUACGCUGAAAAGGGAACGCAAUUAGUGUCUUCAAACUCGAAGGAGAAGGCGAUUGCGUUGGUGUGGAUGGAAGUGGAAGCUCAUAAAUUUGAGCAAGCGGCGGCGAAAUUGUCGUGGGAGCUGUUCUACAAGCCUAUGUUUGGGAUGAGUACUGACCAAGCGGUGGUGGAGGAGAACGAAGCUAAAUUGGAGAAGAUUCUGGAUGUGUACGAGAAUCGGCUCACGGAAUCCAAGUACUUGGGCGGUAGUUGCUUUGGCUUGGCCGAUCUUUACCACCUUCCUAAUUUGCAGUGCUUGUUGGGGACGACUUUGAAGAAGCUGUUCGAGUAUCGGCCCCGUGUUAAUGCUUGGGUGAUUGAUAUCACUGCCAGGCCUGCUUGGUCUAAGGUCCUUGCCUUGAGAGGUUGAUUCCUAACCUAAGCCUCAUCACUCAUCAGCUACUUCGACUGUAUGGUCUUUUUUCGACUUACUAGUCACUGACCUUGUCAUCGUGCCCAUAAUGAUGAUGAAUCUUCAAUCAAAAAUUGAUUUUGAUGUUUUGUGGGUUUUGUAUGUUUGUUUUUACUCUUUGACCAUAAUAAUCAAUUGCGCUUUUCCAAUUA